AUGGCUUCGUCUAUGCUCCUUCUCUCAACGCUGCCUAGAACCUUUGCCUCCGCGACUGGACGUAAUGUCUUGCGAUCUGCAUUGCAAGUGAGAGCAAGUUCGACUACUCAAUAUGUUCCAGGUGGACCUUACACUCACUCGACAGCUAUCAUAAGGGGCACAGUCAACGACCCUGUCGAGUUCCCUCACCCAUCAAAGAUGCAUGGCUCGUAUCACUGGGCAUUCGAGCGACUUCUUGCGGCCUCCCUCGUUCCCAUGACCGCAGCAGCUUUUGUGACCUCCGGAUCAUCUUACCCAGUCCUCGACGGAUUGCUUGGUCUCAGCUUAGUGAUGCACUCUCAUAUCGGGUUCGACUCAAUGGUUGUGGACUACGUGCACAAGCGCAAAUUCCCUAUCAUUGGCCCUAUCCUGACCUGGACACUGAGAACCGCGACGGUUGGCGUGCUUGUCGGCGUUUAUCAGUUCAACGCAAAUGAUAUUGGUUUGACGGAGCUGAUUGCGAAGGUCUGGACAGCGUGAGAUUAUAUGCAGGUUAUAUCGAGAGACAAGAAAUCGCGAAUUAAGUAUAAUCGUACUAUCCAUCCUCUCUAACAGAGAUACAAAUUCUACUAGCACUUGCCCGACUGCCCUUCGAAGCUCCCAUUAUCCGAACUUCCGCCCCAACCUCGAAACGACCAGUGCAGAGGAAGCACUAGUGGCACAUCCACAG